AUGAAAGAUGGUGAGCAGGUGACCAACAGUGGUUCCCUGCUAGUUACGCACAUGCUUCCACACACAGAAAGCAGGGCUGAUGAGAAGGGAAGCUUGCACAAGACUGGACGGCCUGACCCAGAGCCACCUGAGCGCUCACAGCUGAGGGGCUGCGUCCGUCACCGAGUUUCCUUGCACCUCAGAUUUCUUGGUCUUAAACACGGGAGUAGAGAGGAUAUUCUAUAUGCUUUGGUCCUUGGAAAUGCAUGGACAACUGUGUCACUCAGAAGACACUCAAAGUUUGUUAUAGGUGGUGAAAGAUCAACCACUAGAGGUUCUAGACAUUCAUAUCAUUCUUGA